CGCAGGCGCCGCCGGGGCGCGCAGCCGCGGGGGCAGCGGGGCGAUGGGCGGGCGGAUCAGCCGCGUGUUCCGUACUUUCAAUCUGGAGAGCCGGGCCCGCCGCGAGAUCAGCAAGGAGAAGCCCACGCCCGCCCCGCGGCACUCGGGCGAGCGGCUCGACCCGCUGGCCGACCGCCCGGAGAUCCAAGAAGAAAUCUCCAGGAAGGACGAUCGGCUCCUCUCGCUCCUCAAAGAGGUUUAUGUCGAGUCCAGAGAUCCCCCCGGGCGGGUAAAAGAUGGAGGUGGUGAACAUCUUGCAUGUAAACAGGAGGAAAAGAGACUUACAAAACUAGGCCACUUGGGAGAUCUAGACGUUAAGAAAGUUCCCAAAGGCAAAAUUUCUACUGUGGAGGCUCUGACGCUUCUUAAUAAUCAUAAACUUAAUCCUCAAAUAUGGACUGCCGAGAAAAUAGCAGUGGAAUACAGUCUAGAACUGAAGGAUGUCAAGUCUCUUCUGGAAUUCUUCAUUCCUUUUGCUGUGAAGGAGUUUCCUAAAGAAACCAGAAAAGCUAUAAAACCAACAUAAAAGUAAUUACCAAAACCUUGUGUGAUCUCACUCGUGUCUUAAUUUUACUUUUGUGUAUAUACAGUGCUUGAAAAGAGUUGGUAACAUGUCACCCAACAAGGCUGUUUUCUUAUCCCAGUAAGGUGUAUUCAAGCAAUUCCAUUCUAUAUUUGGUGGCUUCAGUUAAAUGCAGCUAUCAUGGGACACAGUUUGUAAAUCAGACUGUAAGUACUAAAUUCAGCAUGUCGCACAAUUCUGAUUAUCACAUUCAUAUGUUACGGGUUCAGUUAAAAUAUGCAAGUUCUAGUCAGAACUUUACCUUAACAGGUUGCCUUUCUUAGGAGAGACAUCCUGGCCUUCAGCGAAGUCAGUGCUCGGUGUAUUAACUCUAUUGUUUCAUGUUAGACUGUUCUUUCAAU